GAGACAUUCUGCUCGUCUCUACUGCUUGCAAGAAUGAGAAUGUGUUGUCUUCCAUGUUGAUUUUUCACGAUUCAAUUUUCGAACUGUUUGUACUUAUGUUUCGGUAUAUGAGCAUUGAAACUUAUUUAUGUGAUCGUCGGCUGUAACUAUUGGCUGCAGACUAGUGACACUCGAACGGACAGACUAUAUAUACUACAUUCACAAUGAUUGGUUGUAGCUUUCAGUUCUAAUUUACAGAUUUUUUGAACACCUUUAAAAAAUGAUGCAAGUCAAUAUAUCUGUCGGCUAAGCAGACUUCCAAUUAAAAUAAAAAUACUGAUAUAACAAAUUAAUUGUUAUUAUUGAUUAUUAUUUUUACGUAAACUUCAUGAUAUAGAUACUUACUGAUUAAACUGUUUGUGAUUACAAUAGUGACAUUUUUAGAAGAUUGAUGUUAAAUAAAAAAUCUUAUAUUAGUUUCAUAAAGAAAUAUAUGUACACGUGUUUUUUGUAUUGUUUAUUCGUAUUUCUGUAAAUGCAGUGUUAAAAAGUCGCUUGAAAUAAUUUUAAAGUCAGUUAAUCUUACUGGAAUGCAUUUAUUUCAUUAGCUUUUUAGUCAUUUUAUACACGGUGUCGUUAAUAUUUUUAAUAUUAAUAUUCAUAUAAAAUAUAAUAUUAAUAUUUCAAAUCAUAUUAUAAAAUUUACAAAUCAAAUUUAUUGUGUUAAAAGUAAUUUAUAUCUAUUAACCAUAAGCUAAACGUUGUAAUGGGAGAGAGUCAGUGGAAUAAUUGGAAACCUUUUAUCUAUGGGGGUUUAGCUUCGAUUGUUGCAGAAUUAGGUACUUUUCCUUUAGACACAACAAAAACACGUCUUCAAAUCCAAGGACAAAAAUUUGAUCAAAAAUAUGCGCAUCUAAAAUAUUCUGGUAUGACAGAUGCUUUAUUUCAAAUAUCACAACAAGAGGGUUUUAAAGCUCUAUAUUCUGGGAUUAGUUCAGCUAUUUUAAGGCAAGCUACUUAUGGAACUAUAAAAUUCGGUACCUAUUAUUCUUUAAAAAAAGCAGCUAUGGAUAAGUGGAAAACAGAUGAUUUAGUUGUUAUAAAUGUUAUAUGUGCUGCAUUAGCUGGUGCUAUCUCAAGUGCUAUAGCUAAUCCAACUGAUGUAGUUAAAGUUCGUAUGCAAGUAACUGGAAUUAACUCAAAUUUAACAUUGUUUGGUUGUUUUCAAGAUGUAUAUCAACAUGAAGGUAUUUGCGGUUUAUGGAGGGGUGUAGGACCUACUGCUCAAAGAGCAGCAAUUAUUGCAGCUGUAGAAUUGCCUAUAUAUGAUUACAGUAAAAAAAAGUUUAUGGUUCUAUUGGGAGAUAGUAUUAGUAAUCAUUUUGUGUCCAGUUUUAUAGCUAGUAUGGGAAGUGCAAUAGCUUCUACUCCAAUAGAUGUUGUGCGUACACGUUUAAUGAAUCAAAGAAGGAUACCUACCGCAAGUGGCAUGUUACCACCUCAUAUUUAUAAUGGUAGUAUAGAUUGCUUUGUACAGACUUUUAAAAAUGAAGGAUUUUUAGCCUUAUACAAGGGUUUUGUACCUACUUGGUUUAGAAUGGGACCAUGGAAUAUCAUAUUUUUUAUAACAUAUGAACAGUUGAAACAAUUGGAUGAUUCAAAUUUAUCAUUAAAUAAUGAAUUGGAUCACUCAAAUAAAUAGUAGUAAAUAGAAGAAAAUAAAUAAAACAAACAAGUAUGUGUAUAUGAAUAUAUGAAAAAUUAGUGGUAGUAAUAAUAGGUUACACAAUUAACAUUUGUAUUACAUAAUUUAUUUUUAUGAAAUGUUUAUUUAAACAUAUGUGAAAAAACUAUACAGAAAGUAUACCAAAAUAAAUAGAAUUUAUUUUCUUUAGCAAUAUUGAAAUUACAAUCAUUAGUGAAAGUAUUCGAAGUAAUAUGACAUCAUAUGCUAUAUGAAGAAUAUAAAGUCAUGAAUAUUGAACAUUCAAUUUACAUAUAAUUCAAAACGCACAUUAUGUUCACAUUUUGUAGAUUAAGUUGCAAGUUUUUAUUUUUUAUUUACUUUUUUUAGAUUUAUAAAUACAAUUGCAAAUUACUUUUAUUAUUUAAUUAAUUUUAUGUUCUUUGUAUUUAGAUUUAUGUUUUCAUAAAAGAAUAAGACUGAAUGUUAGGAAAUAAAUUUAUGAAAUACAUCCAAAGAACUUAUAAAAACUAUGUACUACAUAUCAGUAUGUAUAAAUUUAUGUAUAAAAAUUUGUUGUAGACUCAAGUCUACAAAAAGAAUAUGUUAAAGAACCAGUAUUUUAAAUGUAUGUAUAAUGUUUGUAUUUGAGACUUUUUAUAAACUGUUAGGAAUGUGUAACAGUAUGACAUAAAAUAUGCUAAAAUAUUAUAAUAUGCAACAAAUGUUAGACUUUCAACGAAUAUCACAACAAUUUUAAAUGAAUACGUCAUGUAUGUAUUAGAUACAGCUUUCCUGCUAUAUUAUAUCUACUAAGAUGAAAAGUUUUGCUAUAAACUGAUAGUGAAAUUUAUAACUAAGGAAUAUUUCAGUCACAUUGCAGAUAUUACAAUAUGAAUUAUACAUUUUUACAAUCCCAUACGAUUAUUUUCCUGUCUUUUCCACCAGUUAAGACUAUAUUAUUUUCUGUUGAUACCGAUAAUGUAUUAAUUGGACCUAAAAAAUGACUGUAUUCUUAAUUAUCAGUAAAGUCAUAUGUACAUUAAGUUUUAAGUAUCGAAUAUUCCAAUGUAAAUACAAGGAAUUAAUGUAUUAAUAUAUAUAGAAUACUGUACCAUUAUGGCAAUGUAUUUGUGUAAUAAAAACUGCUCCUUGGCGGUUCCAAACAUUAA